AGAAGCUCCUUCACCGGGUAACGGGCUGCUCUGACCCGGGAACAGAAGCUCCUUCACCGGGUAACGGGCUGCUCUGACCCGGGAACAGAAGCUCCUUCACCGGGUAACGGGCUGCUCUGACCCGGGAACAGAAGCUCCUUCACCGGGUAACGGGCUGCUCUGACCCGGGAACAGAAGCUCCUUCACCGGGUAACGGGCUGCUCUGACCCGGGAACAGAAGCUCCUUCACCGGGUAACGGGCUGCUCUGACCCGGGAACAGAAGCUCCUUCACCGGGUAACGGGCUGCUCUGACCCGGGAACAGAAGCUCCUUCACCGGGUAACGGGCUGCUCUGACCCGGUGCUGCCGGACAGCUGCCGUUUACCGGCUAAAUACGUCAUCAGCACAUCCGCAGUACCUGGACCUUCAGAACCGGCCCGUCAGCUCUCAUGGCCUCUCAGAACAUGGAUCCUGCAGCGGCAGCAGCUUCCUCCGCGGCUGCUCUGAAGGGCAGCGAGAGCGGCGGUAGCGCGGCCCGAGGCUCGGUCUCCAAACGGUUACAGCAGGAACUCAUGACUCUGAUGAUGUCAGGUGAUAAGGGGAUUUCAGCGUUUCCAGAAUCAGAUAAUCUUUUCAAAUGGAUCGGAACCAUCGAUGGAGCUCAGGGGACGGUGUAUGAUGGGCUCAGGUACCGGCUGUCUCUGGACUUCCCAGCUGGUUAUCCGUACCAAGCUCCCCGUGUGAAGUUUGUGACGCCGUGUUUUCAUCCUAACGUGGACGAGCAGGGAUUCAUCUGCCUCGACAUCCUGAAGGACAAGUGGUCGGCGCUGUACGACGUCCGCUCCAUCCUGCUGUCCAUCCAGAGCCUGCUGGGAGAGCCGAAUAACGAGAGUCCUCUGAACACGGCUGCUGCUGAACUAUGGGAUGACCAGGAAGCCUUCAAAGCUCAUCUACACUCGACCUUCCAGAAGUGAAGCAGCUCAUUUAUUUUUUAUUUUUAUUUUUUUUUCUUCUGUGGUUUGUUGUCCUGUUUUGUGAAUAUUUUUAUGUUUGUUCAUCCUGAUGUAUCAAUAAAGUUCUUAAUUCAACACA